CACUUCUUCUCUCCACUAAUCUUUGUCCCGCGAGACAUUUUCUCAAAGAGUACACGCUUAAGCGCUCGACAACUCAAUUCUCCUCGGACGUCAUGAACGCUCAGAAGCCCAUCACAUUUAUUAAUGAUGCGGUGUGUUCACGUUGGGUUGGCCUGGUGAUCCAGAAGCGCCAACAGCUUCUCGAGUGGGUGUCGACCAUUCAUCCCCAGAAACUCGCCUGCCAAAUCGAGGGUAACUUCUUCCAUGGUUCAUAUAACCUUGGUCAGAAGGUGACCUUCAGCGAUGGCACAAAGUGGCUGAUCCGCUUCCCUUUGUUUGGGCAUGUUUCCCCUAGGUAUAUGGACGAGAAGGUUGCCAUGGAAGUAGAGGCGAUGAAGUUUAUUAGCGAAAAGACUGCUAUUCCUAUUCCGGAAAUCAAGCACUGGGGUCCUGCUGCCGAAAACCCGCUGGGUCUGGGUCCAUUCAUUAUAAUGGACUUUAUCGAAGGCAUAUCUCUCGACGGCCUUCUGAGCAACCCCGACGCCAAGCAACACUUCAGACUCAUCAGGGAAGACGUCAGUGAUGACACCAUCGAGGUCCUCUACAGGCAGUUUGCAAACAUUCUGCUCCAGCUUUUCCAACUCGACUUUAACCGGAUCGGUAGCCUGCCAAUGUUGAAGACUGGAUUCCAUGUGCCGAUCCGCCCGCUAACAUUCAAGGUGCAUGAUAUUCAACAGACUGGAGGGGCUAACACUUUCGGUGAUCGAAGCAAGGGGUUUCUCACGACGACUGAGUACUUCCGAUACGUCGUCGAGCAGGACUGGGAACAGCUCCUUAGCCAGCCGAAUUCGAUAGGCGGCGAGAGCAACGCCAGAACGAAAUACGAGUCGCUUAGCGCCUUGAAGACUUUGAUCCCUAGUUUCGUUCAUCCAGAUUACGAUUGCGGCCAUUUCAAGAUUAUUUGUGACGAUCUGAGCCUGGCGAACGUAAUUGUGAGGAGUAAGGAUGACCUUACAAUUGUUGGGCUGGUAGAUCUCGAAUGGUCGUAUAUCGGGCCGGCCCAGCUGUUUGGCUCGGCGCCAUGGUGGCUUCUCGGAAUCCGACUUAAUAACGUGGACACCUACUACGACAAAGACUACCCUAAGACGGCCGCCCGGUUCUUGAAGUACCUAGAGAUCUUCAAACGUGUUCUAGGGGAGGAGGAGGAAAGAAUGUUGAGGAAUCGAGGGAAAGAACUUUCGAAACUCGUGGAGUGGUCUGAAGCUUCGGGCGCCAUGUGGCUCCAUAUGCUCCUCUCAUGCGGCUUCAACCACCCUGAGAAUCUCCCCUUCGUGCAACUACAACGGCAUAUUGGAACUAAGAAGUGGCAGACGCUUAAGAGGCAAUUCUGUGGAUCGGAAAUGAACGCAUUCGUGGAGGAGAAGGUAUCUCAGUUGGCGCAGUACGACAGGGACGAGGAUAAGGUGUUGGAGCUUAAAGAGGACUUUGACGAUGGCAAAAUGACAAGGGAGCAGUUCAUUGUCGCACUUGCUGCACUUUGAUGGAUUCUGGCUGUUUACACAUUCAGUUUGCUUUAACGUACUUUACAAUCGAAAGCCCCACACCAUCGAACCCCCCACGAUUUCUUGGCAAGGAAAAUUAACAAGAAUCUACGAG